GCAAAACACAAAUAAGGUUUAUCAUCGUAUUUCCUAAUUCUUUAACUCUUUCUUCCUUCCCUUUAAUCUUCCUCUUUCUUGCUGGAUGUCUGUAGAUCUGCACUUACUGUCAACAUUUAUUAUUUUCUCAAAGCUAAAAUCAUCAACAGAACACCCCUCGCUUUUCGGCUUCCCCUCACUCCAUUUAUAUAACCUUGAUAAAUUAAUUCCAGCCCUGCUAUAUCAACGCAAACAGAGCUUUACAAGCAAGCAAUGGCUUACAAGAAUUUGGAAGUAAAAGCGCCUCUCACCAUGCGUGUUCUUUGGUAAUGUGGUUCUCGAAAUUUGCAAUACACUUUCUAGAAGGCUUCUCGAGUUCAGAUAUGAAACAAAGAUCGGAAGAAAGGAAUUUGAUGAAUCAUGGUCCAUGAAUCAACGGUAGUUACGUUUUCAGCGAUACUGAACGUUUGCAGGCUGUUUGAAAAUCAGGUGUAUGGUGUUGUUCAUGGACUUCUCAUGGGCCAUAUGAAGAACAUGUGGCUGCAAGCUCAGAGCUUAUUCAUCAAAGUAAAGGAACUUUUUUCAGGUAUAUAUCACACUGAUAUGGUAGAGGCCCAAGUUUUGGAACAAGGCGCCCAGCUGGUGGCACUUGAGGGAAGAUCUAGACAAGUUUGGGUGAACAUGUGGUCUAAUUCUUGCUUGGACUUACACCGACAAAGAGCAUUUCUGUUUAACUUCCAACCUAACCCAAUAAUUUUUGACUAACCUUUUAUUUUUGGCAGCAUAAUAAUUCACUGGGGAAAACAAAGCAAAGUGGUUGCAGAUGGAGCGCUAAGGAGAGUGGUUGAAGCUCUUUCCAGAAUAAUGAAAUUUGUAUAUAAUUAUACAUUCACAGCAAAUUAUAUUAGUCAUGGGUUACCUUUCGUCAAAGAUAUUUGCUACCACCAAGAUAUGGUGAAUGCAAUACACUUCUCAAGUUUGUUUGCCGUUUUUUAUUAGCUACACUGAUAUUUGGUGGAUUAACUAUUAACUACAUCCUUUUUCAAUUUUGCUUUACAUAAUCAACAUGGUGAUGAAAUGGAAGCAAAGUUUGGAGGGGAGGGCAUUUAUACAAGCUAAACAUCAUAAGUUGUAACAACUUUGUAUACCAAGGAUAAAGUCUGAGAAAACAAGUCGUGUAAAAUUUCAGAGAUAAAAAGUGAUAGUUUGCAAGAUUGAUUGGAAACAAAGGAAGACGAUCUCGAGAAACAAGCCGGACAUAGCGAGACGACGUUGUAGGGAUGUGUUAAAAACUGGGAAAUUGUAAGCUAAAAAGACAAAUCAGAGAUUCUUAGGACGCCAAAUGAUGGAGGUUGGUGUUGUGAGUGAUAGCACUAAGAAAGUAUAAAAAAUGAAUAGGGCAUGAGCGUAUUAGAGAUUUGAUGGUGCAAAAAUCAGAGUAAACGAUUAGACGAUUGUUAAGAAUGAAAAAGAAAAAAGAGUAACCUAUAUGAAAAGAUGAGAGACCGUUGGUUCUUUAAGGCCAAUAACAAUUGUAAUAAGUGAUGGAAAAGUGGUAGUGGACCAUAUGAUAAUUGAUGCUUUGACCUAAAGAUAAGCAAACAUAUAUGUUAAUGAUGCUUUGACUUAGAAUAUGUACAUCUAUAUAUGUUAAUAAAGCUUUGACUUU